AUGCGGACGUUAAAGGACUUAUGGUUUAACAAACCUGCAUACUCCAUUGCUAAUCGUAAUACCACGCCGGAGAAGAAAGAAAGCACGGAAAACACAGCUGAAUCCUCGACCUCACCCCUCACCGAACCCCCCUCAUCCUUUGUCGUCGAUCAACUACACCCGGAAUCCGCAGAAGAUGCUGAAGCUCAGUUGAACGCAGCACUGUAUCUGACAACGCAAGAUAACGCCCACCAAUCUCCUACCUUGCACCAAAGUUUCCAAGGCGUCGACUCGGCCAACGUUCUUUCAUCGCAAAGUGAGAGCCUCCAGGGAUCCCAGCGUAUCAUGAAAGACGGUAAAGAAGUUGUCAUCAGCUCCGAUGGAGAAGACACAGAUUCAAUCUGCUCCUUGGAUGAUCCGGACACUCUGUUUGCUCCAAAGUCUACGAAGAAAGCCGAGCCCGCACCGGUCACGUUCACCCAGACGAUAAAGUCGCCAAAGAAAUACAGACACACCAUCGAUUCUCUCGUCCACGAUGCGGUAGAUGAUCUCGAGACCGAAGCAGCUGUUUCCCGGGUAAGAGCCACCUAUGCGCAAACGCAAUCUAAUGGCGGUGCGCGCGGACUCCGCGCGUCUAGCUCUGGAUAUGCUCUGAAUGAAAGCAUGUUGAUAUCAGCGCUCGACGAGGAUGAGGACGGUGUGAGUGGCCAGCGCCUCAUAGGUGCUAUCAGAAGAACCGACGCCCUUGAUAACGCCCGGGCUUGGUCAUUCUUCGAUUCCACACAACCGUUGCCGCCGGCUCCUGAAUUGUCACGGGACCUGUUCGCGCCUGGGUCGAGUAUGGAGAUUCUAAUGGACUCGAACGCUCGUGAUCGUCAGUUCAUCUCUGGCCAAUUCAUUCAGAUGCUUAUGUCCAAAGGACUUCUGCCUGACGAGUUCGUUCUGUGGAUGUUCCAUUCUGUGCCCUAUGAACGUCGAGAGAAUCUGAGCAAUGCAUACUACCGGAUACUGAAGGUUUGCCAAUACCUUUAUACCGAAUUCCCAUUAGAAUCCACUAACGCAAUGCAUAAGAAUAUGGAUGUGGAGCGUCUCAGGUCACUGAUACGUCCUGCCGAUAUCGAUGAUCUAUUUUCGCGGCUGGGAGCUCGGCCCCAGGCUUUGGAUUCCUCUCAGAAAACGUCCCCGGACUCUUUCCAGUCUAUCACCCCAGGUUCUGAGCUAAAAGACCAUCUUGUUUCGGUGUUCAGAUUACUUCAGGAGACUGCUGGCUUAUUCGCAGAAGACACGCAAGAAAAGGUCAUUCUUCUCCUGUUACGUCUUACCCUUGAUGCAUCAUUGACGACAGAUUUCACGUUGUCUUCGGAGCUUCAGAGAACCAUAAAUGCUGUGCUGGAUCCUGUGAACUUUGCUGGAUUCAAUGCCGACGAUAUGUUGCACCGAGUGUUCCUCACCUGCUACAACACAACAGACGAUGUCUGUCUUCAAAGCCAUAUCGUCUACCAUAUCCUGCCUACAUCACCAUGGCUUGCACUGUUACGAUGUCGUCUAGCCGUUUCCUUCUUGCUUCGGAGCCCCGAACCUCUCACCGAGCCACCUGAAAAGGUGCUUGAUCUCAAACGUAUCACGAUGCUACUACUGCGUGACGAGCGUUUCCAGGUCAAGAAACUCAAGAGUGUAGUUGACUAUGACUGGCGAGAGCUGAAUGCCCUCGCUGGUCUUCUCAACACCGCCAUCGAUUCCUCUGUGUUGGAGUUGAACUACAGAGGGGAUCGAACUGAAAAGGACUAUAACACUGCCAUCGACAGGUUGGCAACUCAGGUCAAGACGAUCUUCUGCUCUAUCCAGGACUCGGGGGCCUCACAUGUGACACGCACAGUAGCGAAAAGCGAACUGGAGGCUUUGCAUUACCGAAUUGUGUACUCUGUUCGGUCCAAACCGCCGCCGAAAAAGGGCAUCUUCGAGUCACACGUCAGCGAGAAGGACAUUCGAAGCCUUUUUUCCAACUAUGCUGCAAUGGCUGGAAAGCCCGUUCCCGAACUCUUGCCGACAGUACAACCAUCUGCGGCGCCAGAUGACGUGGAAGAUGGGGACACAGGGCUCCCGAUUCGUGCGCAUGACCAGAUACUACAAUCACCUGGCAGGCUCUAG